AUGGAAGCAGAAUUAGCUCAACUACAAUCGAAAUGCUUGGCUGAUGGCAUUCCAAUCAAGUUCGUGAAUUACAAGGGUCUCUGGGUCCCAGAUACUUACGCAGAAAUUGCCGAUGCCAUAGAAAAUUUUGAAGUACGUGACGAUGACGUUUGGGUCUGUGCUUUUCCAAAAACAGGUACGACUUGGACCCAAGAAAUGGUUUGGAGUAUCUUAAAUGACAUUGACUCAGAAGCCGCUAAAGUCCCUAUAGGCACAAGAUUUCCUUUCAUUGAACAUACUGGAACAACAGUAACAGGCUGGAUAUCACUGAGAAAAUCCAAGGAUGGACUACCGGAUUAUACUACGAAAAGCGUCGAGUUUGCCUCGAAUCUGUCAAGUCCCAGAUUUCUCAAGACUCACUUGCCGUUUCAUUUGUGGCCUCGACAAUUACGCACUGGGGAAAAGAAAAAUAAAAUUAUCUACGUGUCGAGGAAUCCAAAAGAUACCUGUAUUUCUUAUUAUCAUUUUCAUAAGUUUCUUCUUGGUUACAUCAGUACUUUUGACAAUUUUAUCAAAUUGUUUUUAGGAGAUAAAGUAUUGUAUGCACCUUUUUGGCAGCACAUUAUUGGUUUUUGGGAGAAUAGAAACAAAUUAGAUGUUUUAUUUCUCAAGUAUGAAGACAUGAAGGCCAGGAUGGAGGAUAAUCGAGUUAUUCAACAGAAAGCUAUUUUACCGAAAAAGUACCUUUCCCAAGUAAUAGUUAUCAUCUCAUGCAGUAUAAGAGCUGGAAUGGAAUAUGAGGUGCCAAGUGUGACAUGCUUAGAUGAUAUUGUUUAA